GCAGGACGAGAGUCUCUGGGUCAGGAUCGGGGACACUGAGCCCCUGGUGGGAAGGUGACGGCGGCAGAUCCGGGGUCCGGGUCACCAGACACAAGGGGCGCGGACUGCAAGGUCGCUGGUCCUCAAGCGUCUCCAGGUUGGUCUUUGAAUAAAGGAGAAUUUUAUCCAGGAAAGAGCUUUCAUUCAAAGGAGAAGUUAAAGGAAGAAAUCAUAAGCAACAGAUAAACAAGGCAGCUAUGUCCUGAAAGGGCCAUAGAAACAACUGUGGAGUGGAAACAGGGCGGGCACCCGGGAGAAAUUCCACCUGGUGUGAUCUUUUUGUCACAAAAGGCUUCAAGAGGAAGAGAGAAGACACUUCCCAGAGGAUGAAAGAGUGUAGUGUAAAAAUGGAGAGCAGAGUUUCUGAGAUUCAGAUAGAAACUAAGGAUGAGAAGGGGCCAGUAGCUGUUUGUCCUCAGGAAGAGAGGCAGCAGAGAAAAACAGCCACUCUUUGCUUCAAGAGAAGGAAGAAAGCAAACAAAAUGAAGCCUAAAGCUGCUUCCAAGACUGCUGGGGUGACAAAGAAGCAUCCCCCAGAAGCCGGAGCUUCUGACCAGCCACAGCCAGCGGGGGCCUGGGCCUCCAUCAAACGCCUUGUCACACACAGGAAAAGGUCAGGGUCUUCGGAGAAGCAGAAGCCAUCUGAGGCUGAAGGGCAGCCCGAGGACAAGGCUUUUCCUAAGAAAAAGGCAAAAUCCAGACUCAGGAUUCCUUGCAUAAGAUUCUCAAGAGGGACAAAGAGAAGUCAUCCCUCUAAACUCACAGACGACUCAGACUACAACCUCAGAGUCCAGGGAGGGGCCGACGACUUAGAGAUAAAAACCCAGACCCAGUCGGCUGACCAGGCUAAGUCCACCCAGGGCCCACAGGAAAGCGGGUUGGUGGAAGGCGGUAAGGAGGCCCAAGAAUCCCAUGUCAGCAACAGCAUCACAUCUAGAGAGAAUGUGAUUUCCGUAGAACUGGAAUUAGAAAAUGAGGCUUCUGCUAUUCAGAUGGGAACUCCAGUGCUGGAAAAGGAAACUAAAGGGAUUAAGGAAAAGCCAAGUGUGCAAGAGAAGCAAGCAAGUCCAGAAGCAGACAGCUCCCGUCCAGCGGCUUCUGAUGUUCCUGCCUCACAAGCAACUGCUUAUCAACGCGGUGUGGAAGAACCCAGUGGCGGCACCCAAGAAAGUGCACCAAGUAGGAAAGAUGACAGAAGUGCAGCUGAGGAAAAGAAAUCCGGAGAAACUGCGCUGAGCCAGGCUCAAGAAACUACAUUGAGCCAAGCAGAGGAAGCUGCUGUCAGCCAGGCAGACAAGAGCGCAGUGGCCCAGACAGAGGAAGUUGCUAUGGCCCAGACAGAGGAAGCCGCUGUGGCCCGGGCAGAGGAGGCCACCGUGGCCCAGGUGAAGGAAACUGCAGCGGCCCGGGCGGAGGAGGCCACCGUGGCCCAGGUGAAGACUGCAGCGGCCCGGGCGGAGGAGGCCACCGUGGCCCAGGUGAAGGAAACUGCAGCGGCCCGGGCGGAGGAGGCCACCGUGGCCCAGGUGAAGGAAACUGCAGCGGCCCGGGCGGAGGAGGCCACUGUGGCCCAGGUGAAGGAAACUGCAGUGGUGGAGGAAGGUAAACUGAGGCAGGCAGAGGUAACCACAGUGACCCAGGUGGAGGAAGCCCCAAUGGCCCAGGUGGAGGAAGGUAAACUGAGUCAGGCAGAGGAAGCCACCAUGGCCCAGACAGAGGAGGUCACCGUGGCCCAGGUGGAGGAAACUGCAGUGGCCCAGGCAGAGGAAGCCGCUGUGGCCCAGGUGGAAGAAGGUAAACUGAGCCAGGCAGAGGAAGCUGCACGGAGCCAGGCAGAGGAAGCUGCACGGAGCCAGGCACCAGAUCUGAAAGAAAAUGGAAUUGAUGCAGAGAAACCCAAAUCAGAAGAAAGCAAAAGAAUGGAGCCAAUUGCUAUUAUCAUUACAGACACUGAGAUCAGUGAAUUUGAUGUUAAGAAAUCUAAAAAUGUCCCUAAGCAAUUCCUAAUGUCAAUGGAAAAUGAGCAAGUAGGGGUUUUUGCUAAUGAUAGUGAUUUCGAAGGGAGAACUUCAGAACAAUAUGAAACACUCUUAAUAGAAACAGCCUCUUCUCUCGUCAAGAAUGCUAUCCAGUUGUCUGUAGAACAGCUGGUUAAUGAAAUGGUUUCCGAGGAUAAUAAAAUAAAUACUCUGUUACAGUGACUUCAUCUCCAGAUCAUGGGAAAGGAAGGAAACAACUCGAAGAUGAAUUCUUUCAUACGUUUGUGGCACUUCUUUCUCAGUCAUAAAUGAAAGGCUUGUCAUCUGUGGGAUUUAAAGGUGCAACUCCAGCCCAGAAGUGCUCAAGAAUGAAUAAAGUUUAUAAAACUAAUCGGAAACACGGUCACUUCUGGGCUGGAGGGAGUCAGCACAGGUCACAAGGUGCAGUGACAUGCAGAAACGACAAAUGACGAGCUCGGUGUGUUGAGGAAGACCACUUAUCGAGCACUCGGCAUGCUGUAUGCCCCUUGCUGUUCCCUAAUGCCAUGAAGUCUGGGUCUUUCCUGAUGGUUCAACCCUGUAUAUAGGCGAACACUGCCUUCGUUUUUCUUUUACAGUAUGUUUUUCCUGUGGUUCUAAUGGUGAAUCAGGUAAGCUGAUAUCUAGUCCCGCACAGGUUCCUUACAAAAGCCAUUCACAAGUUCCUUCAGCCAGGCAAGUAGUUAACAAGUGUGUGAGUGCUUUUUCUUCUCUUCCUUCUGCCCAGAAAACGUGUACAUAGCCAUCUCUGUGCGGACCUAUCUGCUGAGACGUUUAGAAACAAAUACAUAAAGGGAAUAGUAUUUUUCAUCCAGAAGGCAAACUUCCUAGAUAACAAAGGAUUCCCUUAGUAGAGCGACUUCUGAAGGUCCAGGAAAACCAUAAUAUUCUUGUGAAAAUGUUUCCUCUUCACCAAACAUGAACUAUGUAUACCGCUGAAUAAAAAGUCAUAAUUCAUGCUAAAGCAUAGACUUUUCA